GGCUGUCUAUAAGGAUCCUCGUACGUUGUCGUUUCGGGGUCCCUCGUUUUGUCUCUCUCUCUUCUCGGAUAUGAGAAGCGCGGUGGUGGACGUCUGUCGUUGCACUCGAGCUGUUCGAUGAAAAGCCCCUGAGAAAAGUUCUUCCUUGGAGAACAUGAUUCCGAAGCAGCUACGCUCCUUCGGUGUCGGUGCUGCUGUAAUUCUUGGCGGCUUCGUCUCCCUCAACGUCGUCUCUAGUAUCACCAUCGGCAUGCUUCGGUCCGUCGCGGAGACGAAACGGAAAAAGUCCGCGUUGCCUUGUAUGGUGUGUAAAGGGAAAGGGUUCUACAUAUGCAAGCUGUGCAAAGGGAAUGCCACGAUCCAGUGGUCACCAUUGCAUGACCCCAUAGUCAUAAACCCCUGCGUUUGCCCUACUUGCGAUGGAAACAGGUUUGUCAAGUGUAUCCGAUACAGCGUUGUCUGAACUGCUUGGGGAAGGGCUAUAGUUGAGUGGCGAUUAAUGUUGAUACAUCGAAGAGUUCACAAAGCUGUCCAAUAGUAGAAAAGGAAAGCAGUUGUGCAGCUGGAAGCAAAGAUUAAGGAGCGGCAGCAUUAGGGAGGUGUGUGGCAGCUCGGUAAGGAAGUACCAUUGUUAGUUUCAGAUGCUUAAAGAUUCCAAUGUAAAUUUAGGGAAAAUGUUAAAUGGUUUCCCGAUCAAGUAUCUUUGGAUGCAUCCGCCACCUGAGAUUGUCAUGAA